AGUGUCCAAUCAACCUCACUUCUUUCGUACUGGUAAUGAGUCUGCAGAGGACGGCCUCAGUAUCAGCCCAGUUGCGUUGAACAAUCAUGAUAUGGACGUUUGUAUGCUCGAAAGCCGAAGAUCACUCCCUCUUGUUGGUCUGCAAAAUCCUCCCUCUCUUUCUUCUCGUGUCGCAUCUUGCGACGCUGGUUCUUCGGCUUCGCAUUCGGCAUCUGCCCACUACUUCUCGCUAGACACCUUUCCUGGCCCCAUGAAGUGUCGUGUUUGCACCGGUCUGAUGCUCGGUCAACGUUGGCAAGGAGUUCAGUGCCGGAACUGCGGUUUUCUGUGCCACCAACGGUGUCGCCAGUCUGCUCCUUCCGCCUGCCCUGCUCCCAUCGCUCCCACUCCAAACGUCAGUUUCGAUGGUGGAUGCGGCUUCGGAACUGUUUUGGAAGGAUGCGUGCAACUACCGAAAGCGGGCGGUAUCAAGCGAGGUUGGACGCGGCACUACCUGUUUCUGUCGGACAUGCGGCUUUUCUUCUUUGACAUCACGCACGAUGGAAACGGAGUCAGCGAUCACAGCUCUUCCUUCCCCGCGAGUAAUAUGUUCCCUUGGUUCCGAGUGACUAGUCCUUCUAACACUUCUGUCAAUAUGACCUUCACAUCCUGCUGUCCCAGCCGUAUUGCCGACCUACGCUGUCCCGGUUUCUCGGUCUCUCGUGUCUCCCAUGCGGACGUCAUUCACGCUAAACGCAAUGAUAUACCGAAGAUUUUGAAGGUCUAUUUGGACGAUCGUCCUCUUGGCGCUCCGCUCUUCCUGCUUUUCGAUAGUGUUCGAAGCCUGGAGCAUUGGUUCAGCGCCAUUGAUAACUCCGUGAAGUUAAUUCAGCGCAAUCUGCUCACUACUUCCGAAACUCAGUGCCUUCAACCUCAAGAGAUUUGUGACUCCUCAUUUCUGCAACUCAAACAAGUCCUGUGUGCCUGUGUUCUCGAUGAACACCGUAUUCUGGUUGGCGCGGAUGACGGCUUGCAUGUAAUGGAUGUGAAGAACGGCACUAUUGUUCGACGGGGAGAUAAGAAACCUGUCUAUCAAGUUGAGGUAUUGGCGGAAGAGCUCCAAUUGGUGGUAGCAAUACAAGAAAAGCAGCGUCGGCUGAAACUUUUCCUACUUGGCACCAUCGAAGGAAUGAACUCAGAGCCUAUAAAAGUGUCCGACCCCAAGUCCUGUACACUCUUCGUGUGCGGUAUGAGCCGCUGCAACACCGUGUGUCUUCUGUGUGCCGCUGGCCGACGCUCUGUAUGGAUAAUCGAAAUCGCGCGUGUUCGGGGUCGUCACCGUAGGCUACGUGAAAUAUCCUGUCCGGACGCAGUACAAGCUCUCACCAUGGUUCGUGGAGGCGAUUGGUUGUGUGUUGGCUGUCCUAGCCACUUUGCUCUCUACCCCAUAUGGUCAGAAACCCCACCUCAAGCCUUGCUUCGCACUGACUUGGUUGAUUUGGACCCUGCUCUCAACUUUUUCCAACAAAAUGCAUGUGAUGCUUAUCUUAGUGUGCAAGUGGACGAGGACGAGUUUCUGCUUGUGUUUGAAAUUUGUGGAGUUUAUGUCAAUACGCGGCGUCAGCGAACUCGUUCAGACAAUCUAAUGUGGCCAGCAAAACCAAUCUCCACCAAUCCCUUUGUGUGCCUAUGGCCUUAUCUUUAUGUAUUCACAAAUGCCGGUCUUGUUGUGUAUAACAUCAAGACUGGUCAGUGGAUCACCACACUUGGCGGCCGGCAUAUCCAACCUUUGAAUCCCGAUGCACAUCUCUGUUUGUUUCAAAUUGUGAAUCCUCCGCUCCAUGACUCCUCACCGGGAGUCACCGCCACAAAACUCAGCGUUUUAGGCAACUCCGCAGGCCAUCCACCUGGUUCCCUCUCUGACUCCGGCACGGGGAACCAGGACGUCCAACGGCUUAUCUAUUUGCCUCGACCUCUAGUGGAAUCAAAAUUUGAUUUAUCUCUGCCGCCAUCGCUCGAAGUACUCCCUACCUCACGAUCCCGGUAUUUGGAACUAGGCGAUUCGCUUUCAACUUCCGGUGGCCACAUCAAGACGCGGAAAUCCCGUCGUUUCACCACUCUACUUCGUGAUGUUGACAACCCGUCGAUGGACAACAGUGCUAGUUCUGAAAGCUUAAGCAACGCAGGUAAUCAUCGUGUGCCUCGGCACGGUACUCUCCGGCGUCAUUCCCAACCUCAUAAUCGGAGUAUGCCUCCCACUCAGCGCCUGGCCGAUCUCAUCUCUAGUCCAUCCAACUUUCAGCAUGUUGGCCACCUUGGCCCUCAAAUGACCAGAGCGUUUUUGGACCUAGGUCCAGUCCCAGGACAAUCCCCUCCUUCGGAAUCCGAAAAGAUUGCCCGUUUUAAAUCUGUGAUAGAGGACAAAUAUUGUGCCAGUAGUCUUGGCUCACUGAGUCCUGAUGGUAAAGCGAUUCGGCCACCUCCGAUGAGCGUGAUGUUAAGUCUCUCUCCUCACAUCGCUGCUUCUACUCAAGUUUCAUCUGAUCAUCAGACUGACUCUGGCGCAGGUGUCCCUUCCCGCCUCUCUUUGCCACCACCAUCGGCAUCCACUCCUGUCGCAGCUCCCUCAUCCAUCAAACCCUGGGAACAUCGUGAACAUGAUCAAACAUGAAGACCUUGCACGCGUCCGUCAUCGUUUACAACAUAUUCACAAGCUAGGUUACCGAUGUAUCUGUUUUCAAUCUGUCUCCCCGAUUGCCCCUGAUUUCAGCGGCUUAAACAACCGGAAUCCCUCCAUUUCGCCACCAUCUCGAUGCCUUGAAUUCUCCGCACACAGUCCCUCAGCUAUUCAGGAACAACUCUGUUGUCCGCCUGUGUACCGUGAUACUACUCACGCAGAUGCCUCCGUCGAUCUGUUCUCCCUGUCUUUGUUUCCUACUCUCUGCGCAUCGGAUUCCCCAAGUAUCCAAGAUACUGUGAUGGCCUUGUUCACAAAGUUCCAACUUAACCAACCCCCACUCAGUCAUCCAGAGGAUUCUGUUGGCCCCACCGUGAGCGAUGGUUGCUGAUUUCCCACAUACUUCCAGAGACUCCUCGGUUUACGGUGUUUUCAACACCUAAUCUAUACUGUGAUGUUCCAAUUUUUAUGCCAGUUUAACUUGCUUAUCAACAGUACCGUUUUAUUGGCGAGUGUUCAACCGUGCUUCUGAUCAACGGCUUUGUUGUUUUUACCUUCUCUCGCUCAGAUGCUUAUACUAGAUUUCAUUCCCGAGGCACAUCAUCUCAUUUAAAAUGUUCUCCUUCCGCCAGCCUCUUUCGCCGGUGUAUCGAGCUCUUGUUUUCUGUAGAUUGCACACAACUUUACUGUUCACUGGCUACUGCUUAUGUUACUACAUUACUCUGCCUGGGCACUGGUUCACCCUCCCUAAUUUUGGUUCCAAUUCGCCUGACGCCUUAAAUCCCCUCUUCGUUGUGUUUGCACAGUAGUUGCUGCUUUCGCUCUCCUUCGGAAUCCUUCUUGUACAUUGUUCGCCAUGUUUUUCCCACCUUUCCCUAUCUGGUUUAACCAAUGCAUUUUAUCUUCACCU